CGUCUUCAGCAAAUAGAACGUUAUCAAUGUGGUUAUAUAGUGUGGAGGUGUGAAUAGGUUCGGUUGAGCACACAACCUCCAACAAUAUGCAAGAGUUUCCUGCUCAGAACUAGGGUUUGGCUCUUGCAAGGAAGUGGAAUCACGUUCGCCUGAAUGCUUGUAGUGCAGCGUAGACUCGUGGCGCGAGUUUGGCAUAUGGCUGCGUUUCACAGCCUGAGACCUUCUCUUGUCUCCGUCUCGCAAGCAGUGAUUUGUCGAGGUCGCAGUGUCGCUGAAUUUGGGCGCCUGCAGGCGCAUGAGGCAGCUUGUAGGGUGCAUAAGGGGGCAUGGUCGUCGUGUCUUCACAUUUCGAGAGGGGCGGUGAGGAGUGUUAGUGGCAGUGCAAUGACGCACAAGGAGGUGCAGGAGGAGGAGGAGGAGGAGGAGGAGAAGGGCGAGGUGUCCAGUAGUGGGAGUGGAGCCCCAAAGCGAGCUCCCCUUGUAGUGUUAUCGUUUUAUAAGUUCGCGGACCUGCCGGAUUAUGAGCAGAUGCGUGCUCCAUUGAAAGAGCUUUGUGAGACUAAUUUUGUGUCAGGAGGUAUUAUAUUGGCUCCAGAAGGAAUCAAUGGAAGUAUUUGCGGGACACGAGAGGCUGUGGAGGUAGUUAUGUCUGCUAUCCAGAGUGAUGAACGAUUAGCUGGUCUCCGACGAACAGAAGCUCCUGCAGAUCUUGAAGACGAAGAAAUUCACCACGGUCACAGUAGCAAGUCUCCCCUUGGUGCCGGCGAAAAUGCUCCUUUUAGAUGGGAUCACGUCCGUGUGAAGCUGAAAAAAGAGGUGGUAUCGAUGGGUUUACCAGACGUGAACCCUGCUAAGAAAGUGGGAAAAUAUGUGAAGCCCAAGGACUGGAACAAACUCAUAAGCGAUCCGAACACGGUAGUUGUUGAUGUCAGAAAUUCGUAUGAGAUUCGUGUUGGGAAGUUCAAGCGAGCUGUUGAUCCACAAACCGAUUCCUUUAGGCAGUUCCCUGCCUGGGUUGACCAGAAUCUUGGGUACAGUGAUCAUUCUGGCCUAUCAAGUGGUGCUCACCAAGGUCAGGUAGAAGAGCCCAUGCAGUUUCUAGACGAGAUCAGGGAUACUUCUUGCGAAGAGACUACAGAGCUUAGAAGUCCACAGCGAAUCGCCAUGUACUGCACAGGUGGCAUUCGGUGUGAAAAGGCAACCUCAUAUCUGGUGGAGCAUGGAUUUGACGAGGUGUACCAUCUGGAAGGAGGUAUUCUUAAGUAUCUAGAAGAGACACCACCAUCUGAGAGUCUCUGGGAAGGAGAUUGCUUUGUUUUUGAUAAAAGAGUUGCUGUAGGACACGCACUGAAGCAGGGAACUUACAGGUUGUGCUAUGCCUGCAAGGAGCCCGUCAACUCUACAGACAUGGAGUCUCCACUUUGGGAAGAAGGUGUCUCAUGUCCUUACUGCUAUUUUAAGAAGUCUGAAGCUGAGAGAGCUAGAGCUAGAGCUCGCCAUGAACAGUUUUUACAUUGGGGAGUAAUUGGGGGUCCAGAUAAAGGACGCAAACCGACACAGUCAACUACGAACUCUGGAGAUACCUGAAUGUUCUCAGCACAUCCCUCUUUAAAUAUCACAGUAAAGAUUCUACGAAAGCCUCCCGGUUUUAGAAUUUCAAGGACAAAAAAAGAUAUUGAUCGUGCGUUCCUAUCAUGAAUGCAUCAUCAUCCAGACAUUGCCCAUGCA